AUGUUCGACCCUCCCAACGUCGACCUCAUCACGGUCGGCGCGGUGCUAGUUAUCAUUGCCCUCCUCCUACAAAGCGCGCCUGUUCUCGGAAGCAGUGCUCUGUUUGGAUACCUGGGAGCGUUCCAGACUCAGGCGUCAACGACCAAAUUCCUGAAGAACGGCUAUGAAAAAUUACUUGAAUUACCCUACACGCUUGGUCCGAGCGUCGCGAACGAUCAUUGGCAUUCGUCUGUCAUUCGUAGACAGAUGACACAGAAUCUCUCUGCCAAGUUUCCCGAGCUGUAUGACGAGAUACGACAUGCAUUUAUGGAAGGACUCUCGUUGCCCGACAGCGGCGAAUGGAAGACCGUGAAGGCCUCAGAAGUCUUCACACGUGUUAUCUGUCGCGUGAGCAAUCGAUUGUUUGUAGGCCUCCCCCUUUGCCGUGAUGAGAAGUUCACUGAAAUCAGUCGCGACUUCACCUUGAAUGCAAGCACUGCGGCGUUCGUCAUUUCUCUCGUUCCAAGCUUCGUUAAGCCGUUGGUCAUGAAAUAUCUGACUCGUAUCCCGGCAACUAUUGCCGAAUUCGAGAAGCGUUUCAUUCCGAUCAUCGAAGAGCGCCUGCAUCAGGAGGAAACACUUCGGGAGUUGUGGCAUGACAAGAAGCCAUUCGACUUUCUGCAAUGGCUCCUGGAUGCUGCGAAAGGAGAGAAGAGAGAGCCCAAAGAUCUGACCCUCCGCAUGAUCAAUGCUAACUUUACGGCCAUCCACACGUCGUCUAUGAGCUUCACUCAAGCUUUCUAUUGGCUAGCAACACAUCCGGAGUACGCGCCAAUCCUUCGAGAAGAAGUUGAAGUAACCGUUGCAGAAUUCGGAUGGACGAAAGAUGCCAUUAACGCUAUGAUCAAGGUUGAUAGUUUUCUGAAAGAAUCAAUGCGUAUCACCGGCAUUGCGGCGUACAGCAUGGGCCGAAAGGUCAUGCGUGCGACCACCCUGAGCGAUGGCACGAAGAUACCGAAAGGUGCCCAUAUCGCUGUCAACCUAUGGGGCGUUCAUCGCGACCCGACUAUCUACGAACGGCCCGAUGACUUCGACCCAUGGCGUUUCAGCAAGAAAAUUGCAGCGGGCGAGAAUGCCACGAGGCAUGCUCUUACAACCCCCAGUCCCGAAUUCCUCUUUUGGGGAGGUGGGGCUCACCCUUGUACUGGGCGUCACUUUGCAUCGAUGGAGAUGAAAGCCAUGCUCGCUCACAUCGUCACCAAUUAUGACGUCAAGCUACCGCAAGAGGGUCUCAGGCCGAAAGAUAUCUGGUUCGGCGCGAGCUGCGUACCUAACCAGUCCGCGACGGUGCUGUUCCGUCUGAGGCAGGAGUAG